AAUUAGGAUAGAUUUUUAUUUUGGAUUCAGUAAUUUUUUUUUUUAUAAUAAUUUCUAUUAUUUUCUAAUAAAUAGAUUCACAUUGAUAAAACCCUAGAAUAAAUUGUGAGCGACCGACAAUCAUGUGGGCUGUGCACCCCAAUCCACCUGCGCCAUCCUUUCCUCUCAUUCCCAGACCCACCAAAGGAUUCGUUUCCCUUGCGCUCUCCGCCACUUCUCAGCACUCUCGCCACCGCUCUUCCCCUAAUCGAAAGAAGCAGCAGCAGCAGCAUCGACGAAUACAAAAGCACGAGGGAGAAAAUGAAAAACAAAGAGGAGCAGCAACCAAUCAGCUUAGUGGGUUAGAUGUGCUUUGGGCUAUGCAGAGAGCAUCUGCUGAGAAAAACAGAGCAGCUAUUGCUAGGAGUAAAAAUAAUCAGAAGAGGAAGGAAUCGCUCUCUGCGGGCGGCCAGGGGGAUGAGUACGCUGUCGAUUAUAGCAAUGUCAGGCCUUUGAACAUAAAGAACGAAUGGGGUGAUAAGUUGGACGAGUUGGAGCAGCGUCUUAAGGAACUUUCCGAAACCAGAUGACGGAAUUUUAGGCUCAUCUUUCAAUAUCCCCACUUAUUUUGGGAGGAAAUAAUUUUAUGUUAUGUUUGGUUUCUAAGAAAAUUUAAGAUUCAUUUCUCAUGUUGCCAUUCGCUUUGAAAAACUUAAUUUGUUUUGAUGGAGAGAGAUCUGCAUAAAAAUGGAUCUGGUUAAUGUGAAACAAGUUCCAUUUAAAUGGGUUAUCAUGUUCUGCUAUCUUUCCAUUUA